AUGGAGUUCCCAGCAUACCGCGAUAAAAGAUGGAUAACUAAGAUAAUGAAAGGAUUUCAAAUGCCUGAUGGAGUAUUGGAUGACACGGAUAUAACCCCCGAUUACCUCAGCAAGGACCCUACAGCAGGCUUCUUUACCUCUAAAGUGGCCAAUGUGAAGGAUCAGAUCAAACGAGCACUCUUUCGGCAUUGUCUUUUCAAGAUUCAGAACGUGGAGGUGCAAACACUCCAGAAAGAAUGCGAGGAGAAGUCCCGAUGGCUCGAGGGAGUCCGACAUCUUAGUGAUACCGAUACCAACUGGGUAACGUGGGCUGCUACCAAGAAGUUCACGCGACGGGAUAAGGAUCCCUUCACGGUUUUGCGGAAGGAACGGUGGACAAUUAGAAGGAUGAGGACCAUCAGCCAUUCUACUUCCGAUGAUAACGAUCACUUCUUCGACGGCUACGAAUACGCAGCUUAUCAGGAUUACUUUGAUGCGUAA